AUGCGCGUCGCCCAAGUCUUGUUGGCCACUUCUGUCGUUCUUGUUGCGUGCAGUAGCGGCAUUUCUGUCGCCGCGGACGGCGGUACCAAAGUGAAGACUUCGACGACGGCGACUACCGGACCUGACUCGUUAGCUGCGACUGUCUUAGCGGGUGAAGGCAACGACAACAACGACAUUUUCGCCUACAAAAUGCCGUUCAAGUACAACAAUACCACUGGUACCAUGGUGAUUACAAUUGACAAGAGCAGCCUUAAAAAGGUCUCGGGCGACACGCCUCCAAGCGACCUAUCGCAGAUCUACGACUUCAGCAAGUUGGAGGAGAAUGCACAGGGGUCAGGAGAUGAGGAGAGGGGACUGUUCAGUUUCGCGGCGACGCACUUCGCUCAGUACAAACUGACGCAGAAAGCCGUCUCCUGGUUGAAGGGCGUUUUCUAG